AAGAUGACUUGGAGGCCAAACUGUCGCUGUGUUCUCUGGUGACCAAGCGGCUGUGCCAGCGCGAACUGGGAGCCAUGUAUACAAACACGAGAAGAUGAUGCUAAUUUUAGGACCACAUUAUAUAGCAGGAAGGGCUUGAGGUCAAACAUAUGGACCCUCAUGUCCUGCUGGAAUCUGCAGCCUGAGACAGCAGGCGUCCCCCUCCUCCACCCCAACCCCGUUUCCUCACUCCUCCAGUGUCCCGAGCAGGUGAUCUGAAAAUCUGGCAGGACGUCCUGAGCACCGCCCCUGUGAAAAAGAUCUCUGCCGAUCACUUGAACACUGGCAGAGACGUGUUGGACGCUCAGCUAGACAGAUAUAGCAUCGGCUGGAGAGACCGAGUCCCAAACAGCAUUACUCUCCUCGACCGUCUGUCCUUCAGACACCUCCGAGAUAACAGCGCCGCUCUGUGAGGAGCUACAAGGCCACAAACAGCCCAGAUGGAGGUUUCACUUGAAGAUGAAAAUGGCAGCUCAUCACCCAACUUUGAGUACAAAGGCGCUCACCAGGCAUUCAGGGACCGCUGGAAAGAGACGGAUGACACCAUGUGUCGCCACAGCAUGUCCUUCCACCUGCACCACACGCUCAGGAGCGAGUUCUUCGCCAGCUACCUGUACCUGGUGGAGAAGAUUCCUCUGGUGAAGCUGUUUCCAGUCACCUGUGAGUACAUAAAAGGAGAAAAGCAGUUUUACUACAGAGCUCAGCAGUUCUACGAGGACGUCCCCGCCUCGGAGGAGGGCAUGAUGGGAGACUUUGUGGAGAUAUCCAACGAGGAUCUGGAGGGCUCCCGACAGUUUCUGCAGAGGUUUGUGGGGCCCGGGAAGGCCGGGACACACUGCGCUCUGGACUGUGGCUCCGGGAUCGGCCGCGUGACCAAAGGCGUCCUCCUUCCUGUGUUUGAGAAAAUGGAGAUGGCGGACAUGAUGGAGCACUUCCUGCUCCACGCGCACGAGGAGUACCUCGGAGACGACGCUGACCGCAUUGAGACGUACUACUGCUACAACCUGCAGGACUUCACGCCCCCGCAGAACAAGUACGACGUCAUCUGGAUGCAGUGGGUGGCGUGUCACCUGACAGACAAGGACCUGAUGAACUUCCUGUUUCGCUGUAAGAAGAGUCUGCGCCCAAAUGGCGUUAUCAUAAUAAAGGACAAUAUGGCACGACAGGGCUGCAAGCUGGACCCCAUUGACAGCAGCAUCAGCCGCCACCUGGACAUCAUGAGGAGCAUCAUCGUCAAGGCCGGCCUGGAGGUCCUGGCCGUCGAGAAGCAGGAGGGCUUCCCUGAGAUCAUCAUGCCAGUCUGGAUGAUCGCGAUGAAGUAGGAGUGACAUUUUAUGGCUGUAAAAUGAUUGUGAAAUCUGACAAAAGAGUCUGAGGAAAAUCUGAUCUAAAGGUGAAUUCAGAAAUGAAUUGUUCACGUGGACAUUCAUCAGUCGACCACCUACAGGUGGUGUGACGGUCACCUCUUCCUGUCUGAACCCUGAACCACAACAUGUGGAUUCACAUUUACCGUGUGGUUUCUGAAUCUGACGUCUUACAGCCGCAGGACAACAGCUUGUUUUAAAAACUGCUUUAAAGUUUUGAAUACGAUGAGCAUGUGAUAAGCAUGUGGACAUGUUGUGAUGACCUCUGACUACCGGCCUCUGCAUUCACACCUGGUGUUCAGCCUCUCAUCACCCCCAGCGUCCCACUGAACUGUUCAUCCAGACCAAACAGGAAGAAUGAGUGCACUAUAGGCCUGACUCCAGAUCAGUUGGGGCGCUGUGUAAAGAAGAGCAGACUGAAGACGUUUCCUGACUGCAGCUUUCUGAAGUGUCCCCGAGCCCACUUAGUAACACCCUGCACGUGGUCAUGUGUGCUAAACCCCACCUCAUAUCCUCUCACCUGUUACCUGUGAACCAGUUCACCUGUGGACUGUUUUCUGACCCAACCGGCGGUGAAAUGUGUUGCAGGUCAAAGAUCAAUGAAGCUGAUCGGGUCAAACAUUCAAUGAGCCGUCAGCAGAUUAGAGCAGAUUAUCUCACUCAGUUUUAAUCCUGUUUCUGUGGAAUCUGGGCUAACUGGUGCUUCUCCUGCAGGUCACACCUUAGUGACAGGUGAGACUCAUUAUUGUCCACGCAGUGCAGGGUGGUCAGGUGUAAAUAUGGACUUUGAUGUAUGUAUGUGUUUUAUACUGUAACACUGCACAUUCAUGGACCUGUCGUUUUUGUAUUGUUUCCUCUGUGUAGAGUUUAGAUGUCAUUCGUCAAAUUAAAUUUGAUUAAAUUCAGGGUCAGCUGCAGCGUUUUUCAGAAAUGAAGAUGAAACUCGGAGGGCAUGUGGGUGCAGUUUGAUGGUUUCUGAAUGCUCUGUUUUCAUGCCAGGUUCCAGACAAAAGACUGAUCACAGCUCACUUUGAGAGUCAAGGCUGGAACAUAAACGCUGACCAGUCUGCCCUCAGUUUUCUCCCAGUGCAGCCCUGACACUGACUGAGAUAAGUGAGAUCCUCUCAGAUGGUUAUGGUAAUUCUCCUCAGAGUUAUUACUACCAGUGUUUUUUCAGACUAACAGUAGAAGCAGCACAUUGUUUUGGGCUAAUGACUUUCAGCUGGGCCCCUGAGGUGGAUGGUGGGCCUGAUUAUUUCCUGGUUUUGACAGACAGUGCCUGCUUUCAUAUCUACCCUGGCUUCACUUCAAGCCUGUCAGAUGUUGUCUGCAUAAAACACAUUCAGGAGUUGCCUCAAAAAUUCAGCAUGUGCGUGCGUAAGCGCUCGCCGGGAGGGGCGGCGACUCGGUCCUCCCCGAGCGCUUUAUGAAAGGAUAGUUUGUCAAUGAGCAGACUGGCACUGACAAAGUACAACAUCAUCAAAGUGUUGAAGGCGCGAUGGCGUGAGAUGAUCUCCGCGCCGCGUUUCUCUCAUCAGAAUGACUCUUUUGAGAUGUGAAUGUACCCGGCACAUUUUCCACAUCCUGUAUGAAUUAAAGAUCAA